AUGGCACCUGGCAAUAGACGCAAUUUUAGCUGUCCAUGGGAGUACUGUGACAAGUCUUUCAACCGCAAAUCGGGCCUCUGCAGGCACUAUCGAAUACACAUAAAUGAAAGACCGCAUCACUGCCCAGUCAAGGACUGCAGCAAGAGCUUUAUUCAAAGCAGCGCUUUGACUGUCCAUAUCCGAACCCACACUGGGGAAAAGCCUCACAUCUGUGAACACGAAGGGUGUCGCAAGGGAUUCUCUGACUUGUCGAGUCUAGCCCGCCAUCGCCGGAUUCACACAAGGAAACAGCUACACAUCUGCCAGGAACCUACAUGCGAACGAAGCUUUUGUCGCAAAGAGACUCUGACCAAAUAUCAACACCGCUCGCACCCCCCGCGCACGGCGACUCGACCACCUUCGGAAGAUGCAAUAUCCAAGCAUUCGUACAAGACCCCUAUUAAUACUUCCGUAGGGAAUGGCCAGUAUCUCCUCGCCCAGCAACCCUAUUACCCUUACUCGUCCAUGCCGAUGAACCAGCUCUACCCUCCAGAAAAAUGGCUAUGA